CCGUCCGACGCUAACGUUUCGAAUAAUAAAUAAGAAAAAGUUUUCCUGCCAUCGCAAAAAACCAUGCAGAGCCGUAAAAAUAACAAGAUUGCUCCACACGACAAUGCUUGCUCAUCGAUACCCUGUAAAUAAACCCGGCACCAUAUGAAGUGACAAAGAAAUUAUUUGUUGGGUGCCUUUUGUGUUAUUUGUUUUGGUUAGCUAACACGCUAAACACGUUUACGCUUUUGAUAAUAACACCUUUAAUAACGCCUCGAUUCGUUUGAUUUGCUGUUAUAUAUUACGUAAAUUUUAAACAUGGGUAUACCCAUGCCCAUUUUUUUUUUUUUUUUGUUAAUACGUGUAGGGUAUAGAAAGCGUUUUCGCUUGCGUCGCGGCUUGGCAGUCUUUCUGGCUCUGUCUUAAGUUGGGGUUCCGAUUUUACGGGCGCGCAGUGGGGUCGGCGCUGUCGACGCUGCUGUCGCUAUUUGCCGACGCCGCGUGCGGUGGCUCUUGUGCGCCGCAGCGCUCGACGCAGUUGCAAACGUGAGUGCGAAGCGUGUAAACGUGAUUUCAUUCUGGGCCUCGCCAUUGUGAACGCUCUUCUGGUUUAUGUGUGCCUGUUGAUCUGCCGAGCCAAGACAGCUGAGCUGAACUGCAGAAAUAAACGAUUUGCUUAUGUAAACACAAAUCUCAAGCCAAAACAAAAUCUAUAUGCAAAACACGCUGGCUAAUAACCUGUGACCCACGCUGGCGAUAAAGCCAAACUGGUAACCCAUCAGGCUACGGCCCAAAAAAAAAAAAAAAAACAAACAAAUCAAGCGAAACAGUGCAAAAUCCCUUUAUGAAAUUUAUGUAAGCCGCUUUUGGCAUUGAUUGUGUGCGAGUGCCAAACAAAGUGAAAGUAAACAAUGGAUCUUGCAAAUAUGGAUAGAGGAUUGCAAGUAACAAAACUAAUAACGUGGGAUUUUUUUUUUUUGAUUCUGCUCGUAACAACAGUGGCCCAGUCUGAUAGUACCUCCAGCUUUGGGUUCGACUCGGCCAACUCGUGCAGCCCGAACGGUAAAAUAUCUAGGCGUGGGCGGGCCCAGAUGCUUGCGGCAAUACCAUGCGACCUGGCCAAGCAGCCGUUCUGCCAUCUGCCAGGAUCUAUUUAUCCUUGGCACGCCGUACGCCGGUUUGUGCACGAGAAUCAGGGUCUGAUGAAGCGCAUGUAUGGAGACGUACGACACAUUUCCAUCCUACGCGAUGAGAUUCAAAACGAGGAGGUGGUCGAUAUGGACAGCAUGGAUGAUGCAACACAGCGCUAUUCCAAGACGCCUCGUGGCGCCAAGUAUAUGUUGCAUGGCAGGGACAGCAAUCGGGAUGAAUUUACCAACUACAAGAGCAACGACGUGCUCAUGGAGCCGCAUUUUCGACCAGUGUCCACAGCCAGCACAACAACUACACCAACAACAACCGCAGCGCCAACGUUAUCGACUGCACCCACGCCUAGUUCCUCUAAUUCGAAGACGUCGAGUGCACCGACAGAAGUUGUAUUUGUGCAUCCGGAUGGUGAGCAGCCGAGUCUAGACUCGAACAGCGUUUACGAUGUGAUGAACACUACGGCAGCAACAGGUACAGCAGGACGCCCACAAGGAACGAUCAUAGACGGCGCAGAUGACAAAAUAAAUACCAUUGACAAACCACAGCUGGAACUGGUGCAGGAAGUAGACCAGGGCCUACGCAAUCUGAGCAUCGCGCCUGUUCCGGUGACGCCUGCAACAAGCACAACAGCUGCAUCUCAGCUCAGCGCAGCGGUACCCAAUCGCAAGCACAGCCCCAAUGAGAGUGACACGUCGAAAACGUCUGCGGGAGCAGCAUCCGAUAAGGCAACACAAACAAACACAACACCAACUUCAAUAGCACCUCUACCAAAGCUCAGCAACAGCACCACCACGACGGCCGCGUUGGUCCCACGCAGAAAUGUGACCAAGACGAUAUUGGGAACUACAACAUCCGCCAGCUUUGCCUCGCUCUUCUCGCCUACAGUCGCGGCGUUUACUUCUGACAAACAGCGGAAACCACUUACAGCCAGCAGCACAGCCGCGCCUACUAGCUCUACGAAAUCUGGACUAUUGCGGGAAGGACAGCUUUUCCAGGAUGCCAUGAAGCAGGAGCCGAUGACGGUCAGCAGUAAUAUGCGGGGAGUCAAUGCUUGUCCUGUAAAGGACGAAGUGGUUGCCCCAUUCUGGGCGAAUAACACGCGUGGCGAAGUACUGGCUCUAUUAAACUUGUACCCCUUCGAGCAGUACGUGCACUGGGAGAAGUGCACACACGAGUUCAAGCAGAUGUUCUGCCGAGACGGCUGUCGUUGCGAGCAACAGUACCGGCUCCAUCGUCUGCUGGCCUACGACCCUCACAACGAGUGCCGCGGCAUCUUCUCCGACUGGUUUCGCUUCCCCUCCAGCUGUAUAUGCAAGUGCUAUAAUAUACCAAUGGAUUUUCGUGCAACGUCGCGCAGUCCGCGAUCGGAGAACAGCUUUAAUGCACCACAGUCGUUGCCUCAGUCGUAUCUAGAUGCCAUUGAGGUGGCCGAGACGGAGGUGCAGCGUGCUAUCUAUGAGCAUGCCACCGAUCAAUGGUAUCGGCCACGCGAUGAGUUUGAUUUCUUCGAGGGUUAGUUAUGUAAAUUCGAAAAAUUUGCAACCCUAUCAGAAGAAUACUUUGGACUAGUCCCUUUAAUGUACAGAAAACUAAGUGUGAAACCCCCAAUCUAACCAAAAAAUAUGAAGAUAGAAGUUUUUCAUAAGACUAAACGUUUUAAGUUUCUUCUAUCUUGAUAUUCUCAAACAGUUUAACGGUUGAUUAGCAUAAUUCGACGGCUAUCAACUAUAAUUAAGUAAAGCAAGCCAUUGUGUUAUUGUACAUAUAGAUCAACACAUUGUCUUUCCUAGCGACCAUUUACAGAGCAUUCCUAAACACGAAUGUGUCACGACAAUGCGUUUAAUAGUAUUGCUCCUUUGGAUAAUUUUUCUUAGUUUUACAUGACGGACGUGUGGCCAUACUAUUUAAACAAACAUAUUUUGAACUGUAAAUAAAAAUUUAAAAAAAUACAACAACAAAAAACAGAA